UGCUGUUGUGUUUUUGCGUGAGUAGGAUUUUCACUACAUGUGAUGGAUUAUUUUUUACACCGUGGCAUUGAUACUUUAAUAAAUAUUUCCACGACCAGCAAACCAGUGACAAGCCACAAGCCUGAGUCACAAACUUGUGUGAAACAGUGAAACAGAAUAUGUCAGCACCAUGGACGGGAACAAAGACGGUGUCCUGUCACGUCCUGGCUGCAGAUCUCUUCUUGAGCAUCCAUGAUGUACUGUAUGAACACUGUGUUAACUGAGGCAUAUGACCUUCAUAGUAUGGGUGCAGCAUGACAAGAAUCAAGCUUGGCUGUGGAGUAGCUUUAUUAACCCCUCUUGUCCUUAGCCAUCUACAACCUCCAUCCUAGCUCUCGUCUCCUCCCAGCUCUCGCGAUGAAAGAGGCAGCAGCAGGGUUGGUAACACUGCGUCACCUGACUCGGAGGAAUGGGCGGGGCGUGGUGAGAAAUAUCAAUAAUUUAUUAAUUAAAUGAACGCGAGGAUGUAAAUCCGUUGAGAACACCGCCAUCCAACGACCCGGUUUGAAGAGCGCAUCGCGGGGCUUGCAGGCUGACGGUAGACCGCAGCAGAGAGGAAGCACCCAGCAGGGGAGGAGGAGGAAAAACCGCUGCACUGGAUGGUGGGGGAUGAUGAUGAUGAUGAUGAUGAUGCAGCCAUUCAGGGCCUGAUGUUUCUCUGCACGCCCCGUUGAUACACAGGGACUGUCGGACUGCUGCUGUUGGGGAGGAUUAUCCAGGAGGCUGGAGGAAGGAAGACAGGGAAGGGGGGAGGCAGCGACGAGCAUCCUCCGGUGAGGACCGUUUUGUCGGUGAAGCUGGCCGUCAAAUUACACGGAACAGUAAGAAUUUGUCUCAAACAAAAGGAAAAGCCCCAAAUUAAAAACAUUUUCAACGGAUACUCGUCCACAGGGAAGAAAGUCAGUUCAUGAUUGUUCUAGAAACCUUCGAGGAUCCAACACAACUGAGUGGGAAUUCGAACAAAUCCAGUAUUGUUAUCCAGCUACAAUUCAUCAGAAAGUGUCCAAGUAUUUCUUUCUUAGUGCUGUGCUUCUGUGGCGCUUUCGAGGGCAGCUCGGAUUUGUAAAGCCGGCCGUUCGUUUCGGUGUGUGCGUUUGGGGGGUGGGGGGGUAGGACCAUAUUGGACGCUUUAAAGUCCAGGUUGAGCUCCACAGAGAGAAGAUGUCGGGUCAGACGCUGACGGACCGCAUCGCCGCGGCGCAGUACAGCCUGACGGGAUCCGAGGUGUCCCGAGCUGUGUGUAAAGCCACCACACAUGAACAGACAGCCCCCAAGAAAAAACACAUGGAAUACCUGAUCCAGGCCACCCAGGAGACCAAUGUUAACGUCCCCCAGAUGGCCGACACGCUGAUGGAGAGGGCUGGCAAUGCCAGCUGGGUGGUGGUUUUCAAAGCCCUGAUCACCACGCACCACCUCAUGGUGCAUGGCAAUGAGAGAUUCCUGCAGUUCCUAGCAUCUAGAAACACCCUGUUCAACCUCAGCAACUUCCUGGACAAAACUGGCUCCCACGGGUACGACAUGUCCACGUUCAUCAGACGCUACAGCCGCUAUCUGAACGAAAAGGCCUUCGCCUACAGACAGAUGGCUUUUGACUUUGUCCGAGUCAAGAAGGGAGCUGAAGGCGUGAUGAGGACCAUGUCAGUAGAGAAGCUGUUGAAAGGAAUGCCCACACUGCAGAGCCAGAUCGACGCACUGCUGGAUUUUGAUGUACAUCCCAAGGAUCUAAACAAUGGAGUCAUAAAUGCCUGCUUUCUCCUACUCUUCAAAGAUCUGAUCAAGUUAUAUGCCUGCUACAAUGAUGGAAUCAUUAACCUGCUAGAAAAAUUUUUCCAGAUGAAGAGAAGCCAGUGUAAAGAUGGGCUGGAGAUCUACAAGAGAUUCUUGACAAGAAUGACUCGAGUUUCAGAAUUCUUCAAGAUUGCUGAGCAAGUUGGAAUAGACAAAAAUGACAUACCUGAACUCACUCAGGCCCCAGAAAGUCUUUUGGAGUCCCUGGAGACACACCUUAACACACUGGAGGGGAAGAAACCAGAGGAUAAGUCACCCACCAAGGAUGCAACAGCCAACAGCAGUUCACCGGCUGCUGCUGCUGCUGCUGCUGCUGCUGCACCGGCCAAGCCUGCACCUCCCUCUGUUGCUGGCGGGCCUCCUGCUCGCCCUGGGCCACCUGCCAAACCUCCUCCGCCCUCUGUCACGCCAACUGCACCAGCCCCUGCCACCACUGCGACUGCUAGCAGCAAUGCUCUUGAUGAUGGCUUCCUGUUGGAUCUAGACCCCAUGUCCUCCUCAUCAGCAGGGGGCGCUGCAGCAACUUCCUCCACAACUGGCUGGGGAGAUCUCUUGGCUGAGGCGGCUCCAGCUGCCACAGAUGAAGCCUCUGAAGCUCUCUUGGCGAAGGGAGAGUCUGCUAAUGCUGAUGCUGAUGCAGCAGCCGCUGCUGCUCCUGCAGCUUCCGCACCCACGGCAACUGCUGUAGCUCCCGCCUCCGUGGCCACUUCAGCCGCUCCAGCGCCGGCCUCGCUGCCCAUCUCAGCUCCUGCAACUACCACAGCCACAGACCUCGACCUUUUCGGAGAUGCGUUUGCACCUUCCCCAGGAGAUGGUCCUGCUGCCGUGGCCGCGGGCCCCGCAACUGAUGCAUUUGGUGGAUCUGACCCUUUCGCUACGACAGAGGGGAGUGCGGACAUUGCUCCUGAGCUGGACCUAUUCGCUAUGAGGCCUGCCGACACAGGGUCCACCGCUAUCACCCCUCCCACCUCUAGUGAGGCGCCGACCAUCGUCGCCCCCAUCGCUGCCCCUGCUGCCCCCACCCCUUCUUCCACCACCAACACUACCACAACCACCUCCGACACCACCACCACAGAGUCUGCAGCCGCUCCGACUCUAGAUAUCUUUGGUGAUAUGUUUGAUUCUAUGCCUGAGCAAAGCCCUACCACAGAAUCCAAAGCUGCUACCACUCCUAGCGUAGACCUUUUUGGUGCAGACCUUCCUGCUGUUUCACGCGGGCCUUCUCCUUUGCCCGAGCCGGCUCCGACUGGAGAUAUCGUGACUGACUCACUUGUAUCUCCAGCUCCUGCUGCUCCUGUUGCUGCUCCUGCUGCAGCUCCUGUUCCAGAGCCCCCUUCUCCACCCAAAGCAGCAGAACCAGCACCCGUCAUUGAUCUGCUGGACUCCUUUGGAAGUGCAGUAGAGGAGACUCAGAGCUCUGCUCCUGGAGGGCCUGGAGACGACCUGCUGGGAGGCCUGAUGUCCCCCACCCUGGCUCCCACGGCAGCCCCAUCUCUGGCUCCAGCCUUGGCUCUGGCCUCAGCUCCGGUGCAGAACGACCUCCUGGAGUCAGGAUUUGACACUCUUGGCUCCCUUCCCUCUCCAUCACCACCUGUACAUGCUGCAGUGGCAACGGUACCAAUAGUACCAGCUUCAGCAGAAACUGCCACCACAUCAGCGCCCUCUGGUGGCUUUGAUGCUUCAAUGUUUGAUGGAUUAGGCGACUUGUUGAUGCCCACCGUAACACCUCAGAGCACCGGGGGCAGCACUGCUGGAAGUACAGCAGGAAGCACUGGAACUCCCAUUGCAGCAGGCAUUGCAGCCGCUCCUCCCGCCACCCCACCUCCCAGCAAAACCAUUGGAGGAGACCUUGACUCUUCACUGGCUAACCUGAUUGGAGACCUUGGAGUAAAGAAAAAAGACCCACAGAGUGAGAAGAAGCUGACAGGAGGCGCCAACUGGAUGCCACAGGUAGCUCCCACAAGCUGGGGUACGCCAGGAGCCCCCAUGACUGGUGCUGCCCCUGGAGCUCCUGGGGCACCAGGAGCAGCUCCGCCUGUUGCAGCCAUGGUGCCAUCAAUGAGUGCACAGCCUGGUUUUGGCAUGCCUCCCACAGGAGGGCCUGGAGCUCCCAUGAUGCAACCUGUGAUGGGGCAGCCUAUGAUGGGACAGCCCAUGAUGAGACCUCCUUUCACUGGCGCUGCACCCGGAGCUGCUGCACCCGGAGCACCGCUUUCUCCAGGACCCACAAGCCAGAGCCCCAAGAAGCCCAAGGACCCUUUGGCAGAACUUGACCUCAAGGACUUCUUAUAAUGUCUCAGCUGGGAGCUCACAAGACUGCUUUCUUCUUUGGAGGGCCCUGUCACCUUAUACCUGGUGUCUGUCAGCAUCUCAGGAUACCAGUUCAACUAUUCAACCUUAUAAGAGCCUCUCUUCUCCACCCUGCCCAUCAACAUCCCACCCUUCUCCUGUGUGAUGUCGUAGCACAAAAUGUGAAAGUGAACCAUAGCGGAUUAUAUAUAUUUCAGAAAAAAAUAAAAGCGUGUGCUUAAGUAGAUGUACUAAUCUUUUGUCUAAACAAAAUCACUGAAAACCCUGACAAAAAAAAAAUCCACAGAAGUAAGUGAGAGAAAGUGAAGGUGUAUGUGUUUAGAUUUAUUUCUAGUAUUGAGCUGAAUGAUGGAUGUGUUUUGGUGUCCUAAGUUCCACCCACCACCCAUUAUGUGUCCCCGCCUCCUCAUGAAGGGGGAGGAGCUCUUCUUCGCUCCUCUCUCAUUGGAUGGGGGUGGUAAAUGAAGCCCCAGUAGAUUUUCGGAGAAGCAUUUCAUGUGUUGUUUACAGAAAGGUCCUCUUUGGUGUACAUAGAUUUCUCUGGUGAGGAUUACGUCUCUAUUCUGUAUGUCUGUUGAAGAGAAAUAUAAAUGUGAAUCUGACAUGAAGUUGUAA